GGAAAUUAAAGCUGAAUGAUACCUACCAAGUGGAAGCGGUCGUGUGAUUAUUCCGUCCGGUGUUAUUAGUUGUGCUGUUUUGUUUCAGUCAGAUUUAUUGGGGGGGGGGGGGGGGAAGAAUAAAAAUUGAGCUCGCGCAGAAUUCUGGGAGUUGUAGUUUAUCACCCGGACUGUUGGCGGUGACUACGGGCCCAGUUCGCCUGCUGAUAUUUCGUGUAUGUUGUAGAACGGACGCUGGAGUCAAGCAGGAUAGGUUUCAGCUCUCGUCGGGAAGAUUAAGCCAUUGAAGGAGUAAAUUACUCGUCACAUGGUGACAGCAUGGCGUGUUUCGCCGAUUUAAAUAUCGUCAAUGUGGGUGAUAGAAAACGAAUGCAAACUAUAAUAGAAACUGCGGCGCAUCUUGGUUAUUCGACAGUUGCAAUUAAUCACGUGGUUGAUUUUCAACAGAAAGGGCAGGAAAUUACAAAUCCAGUAUCCAUCACAGAGCUAUUUCCAUCUCCACCUAUUGUGCAGGGAAAAUCAAAACCAAUUAAAAUUCUGACCAGACUUACUUUGAUUGCAUCUGAUGUUUCACAUUACAAUCAAUUGAGAACUGCUUGCCCUCAGACGACGCCAUAUGAUAUUAUAGCUGUGGAACCCAAAACAGAAAAGUUGUUUCAUGUGGCUUGUAUGACUUUAGAUGUUGACCUAAUUUGUAUUCAAGGGAUCGCAAAACUACCAUUCCGUAUCACCCGGCCUCCUGUGAAUGGGGCUAUUGCAAGAGGAAUCUAUUUUGAAAUAACAUAUUUUCCUGCUAUUAAUGAUUCCACACUAAGAAGAUACACCAUUUCAAAUGGAAUCUGCCUGAUAAAUGUAUGCAAAGGAAAGAAUAUAAUUGUGUCAAGUGCAACUGAAGAGUUUUUGGGACUGAGAGGACCAUAUGAUAUUUCUAACUUUGGAAUGCUUUUUGGCCUAUCUGAAGGAGAUGCCAAAGCUGCUAUAUCAACAAACUGCAGAGCUGUCCUUCUGCAUGGACAAACCAGGAAAACUGCAUUAGGUGUGAUCUACACUACAAGAAAAGUUACAGCAACUGAAGAUAGAGAAGAAGGAAGGCCUUGUUCCAAGAAAGCCAAGACUGAAAGUAACCGGUGAUGGGAUGAAAUCCUUGUUAUUACCUGAAUUUCAUUUACUCUACAAAUAUGAAAGUAUGUCCAUAUUUUUCUGAAUAGUGAUCUAACAACAUUGUGCUGUUGAAGUAACUUUUUAAAUUGACAUUAGAUAUUUCAGCCAUCAAAAAUGAACUUCAGAGUUCAUAAUUAAGUUCUACAACCAGUUAGGUGCAGUGUAAACUCAAAAUAAUAUUUUGUCAAUUCUGAAUUCCAACUGUGAGAAAUUCAAAGAUGGAAACAAAUAAGACAGGGAAAUAGUGAAUAAAUUU